AUCUUGAACAUGGUUGUUUAAGAGGCGAUUGCAUUUAACUGUAGAUUUUUUUUUUUGGCUGAGCAUUUAACUGUAGUUUGUAUUUUCUUAUAAAAAAAAAAAAAAAAAAAAAACAAGCUGAAGUUGCCAUGCCGCCAUGACUGGCUUAGACAAAGAAGAAGGUUGGCAGUGAAUCGAAUCCAUUCGAAGCAAAAGGGAUAGUGUGAUCGAUACUGAAAGAGAGAUGAGCCAACUUUCAUCUCUUAGUUUCCGGCCUUAUUACGGCUCUCUCUGUUUCUCAGUUAACCGGACACCCUCUUUUCGUCGCUUCAACCUCCUCCCCUUCCGAUGCCCCACUACCAGAGCAAUGGCAUCCCAGUCCCACAUUGUUGGUUAUCCCCGCAUAGGACCCAAGAGAGAGCUCAAGUUUGCUUUGGAAUCAUUCUGGGAUGGAAAGACUAGUGCCGACGAAUUACAGGCCGUGGCUGCAGGUAUUAGGUCAUCCAUUUGGAAGCAGCUGGCCGACGCCGGUAUUAAGUAUAUUCCAAGUAACUCCUUCUCAUACUAUGAUCAGAUGCUAGACACCACCGCCAUGCUUGGGGCUGUACCCCCUAGAUAUGGUUGGCAACGCGACGAGGUUGGAUUUGAGACUUACUUUUCCAUGGCUAGGGGAAAUGCCAAUGUUCCUGCUAUGGAAAUGACCAAAUGGUUCGACACCAACUACCAUUACAUUGUACCUGAACUAGGCCCUCAUAUGAGGUUCUCUUAUGCGUCUCACAAGGCAGUGGAUGAAUUCAAAGAGGCCAAAGCUCUUGGAGUGGAUACCGUACCUGUCCUUAUAGGACCUGUGUCGUACUUGUUGCUAUCGAAACCAGCUAGAGGAAUUGAACAAUGUUUUUCCCCCCUCUCCCUAAUUGGCUAUAUUCUUCCGGUUUACAAGGAGGUUGUGGCUGAACUGAAGGCAGCUGGUGCUAAAUGGGUCCAGUUUGAUGAGCCCACCCUUGUAUGGGAUCUUGAUGCCGACCAAUUGCAAGCAUUUACGCAUGCCUACUCAGAGCUAGAGUCAUCUUUAUCUGGUUUGAAUGUUCUGAUUGAGACAUACUUUGCUGAUGUUACAGCUGACAACUACAGGACACUCACCUCUUUGAAGGGUGUUACUGGUUAUGGGUUUGACCUGGUUCGUGGAGCAAAGACCCUUGAAUUGAUUAAGGAUGGAUUCCCUUCUGGAAAACAACUCUUUGCUGGAGUGGUUGAUGGAAGGAAUAUAUGGGCCAAUGAUCUUGCAUCUUCCGUUGGUACCUUGCAGGACCUUGAGGACAUUGUUGGAAAAGAUAAGAUUGUGGUCUCUACAUCCUGCUCUCUUCUCCACACUGCAGUUGAUCUAGUGAAUGAGACUAAGUUAGAUAAAGAUAUAAAAUCAUGGCUUGCAUUUGCAGCCCAAAAAGUUGAUGAAGUAAAUGCCUUGGCUAAUGCAUUAUCCGGACAAAAAGAUGAGGCACUUUUCUCUGCCAAUGCUGCAGCUCAUGCUUCAAGAAAAUCCUCUCCAAUGGUGACGAAUGAGGCUGUCCAGAAGGCUGCUGCUGCUCUGGAUGGCUCUGAGCAGCGUCGGGGCACAGAUGUGGGUGGCAGGCUGGAUACUCAGCGAAAGAAGCUGAACCUUCCGAUUCUUCCAACAACCACCAUUGGAUCUUUCCCUCAGACGUCGGAUAUUAGAAGAGUGCGCCGGGAGUACAAGGAUAAGAAACUCUCGCUGGAAGAUUAUGUCAAUGCAAUCAAGGAGGAAAUUAACAAAGUUGUCAAGCUCCAGGAAGAGCUGGACAUUGAUGUGUUGGUACAUGGAGAACCCGAGAGGAAUGACAUGGUUGAGUAUUUUGGAGAACAAUUAUCUGGUUUUGCCUUCACUUCCAAUGGGUGGGUCCAAUCCUAUGGUUCCCGUUAUGUCAAGCCACCUAUUAUAUAUGGUGAUGUGAGCCGACCCAAACCCAUGACAGUUUUCUGGUCUUCACUGGCUCAGGGUAUGACAAAGAAACCGAUGAAGGGAAUGCUCACCGGACCAGUUACAAUUAUGAACUGGUCUUUCGUGAGAAACGACCAACCCCGAUUUGAGACCUGCUAUCAGAUUGCUUUGGCCAUGAAGGAUGAGGUUCAGGAUCUUGAGAAAGCUGGUAUUACUGUGAUCCAAAUUGAUGAACCUGCUCUAAGAGAAGGUUUACCUUUGAGGAAAGCUGAGCAGGCUUUCUAUCUAGAUUGGGCCGUCCGCUCCUUCAGGAUAACUAACUGUACUGUUCAAGACACUACGCAGAUACACACCCACAUGUGCUACUCAAAUUUCAAUGACAUCAUUCACUCUAUCAUUGACAUGGAUGCCGAUGUGAUCACGAUUGAGAACUCCAAAUCAGAUGAGAAGCUGCUAUCAGUCCUCCCUGAGGGAGUACAAUUUGGUUCUGGCAUUGGUCCUGGUGUUUAUGAUGUUCACUCACCAAGGAUCCCAUCUGACAAAGAAAUUCGUGACAAGAUUAAGAAUAUCGUUAAGGUCCUUGAAAACAACAAUGUCUGGGUUAACCCAGACUGCGGUCUCAAGACACGCAAGUACUCUGAAGUACGGCCUGCGCUCAGCAAUAUGGUUGCUGCUGCCAAGUACAAUCGGGAGAUGUUGGCAAAGUAGAUUCUAUGGUCAAAGAGUGGCAGUUUUUUAGUCUUAAGGUUGGUGACAUCGUUUGUAGCAGUCUUUGUAUAUGCUUUCUUAGCUUUUAGCGUCUCCCACUCUACUUUUCCCUUUUAUAGUAUGCUUCUGCUUUAUCUUUAUAUUCUAGAUUGUAAGAUCAUUGAAUCAAGUUUUGAGUAAAAAGCAAUUAGCUUCUUUUUA